AUUUUACAGUGCAACACAUCAAAACAAAUGUCUUCCUCUACGAUCCCAAUAUUCUUGCUACUUGUUGCAUACAUGAUUAUAGGUAGUGUAUAUAAGUCAGUAAUUUGUUAAACUAAGCAGGCCAAGGCAGUCGAAUCUUCUAGAAAAAGAAUAUUCCCGAUGAAGUCGACGUCUUCGCGUCCGUUGUCAUGGCAACGUAUGUGCUUGGGGAAGACAAACGUUUCAGCAGUCGCUUCGUUUUAAUAUCGUGAAAGAGGUGCCAAGGCAACAUUGAAAGCGUAUUGGUCGAGCGUGAGCAAACUAGGCUGUGAUUGGUCACUUUAAACCAAUCAGCACGAUCGUGUACUUGCCUUUUACACACCAUAGAGCCGUCUAACACUGUUACAGACCGGGUUUGGUAUCAAGCUAUUAGCACAGAAAGCUAACAUGUCAGGGGUUAAAAAGGAGUUUGAACAAACUUUCACUUUUCGCCUUCUUCCCGCCAGGAAGUUCUCUUUUCUGGAAGAAAAGGAGACAGUGGACCUGUUGAUGAAAUGGUCCAUGCUUGGGAGACUCUCAGCACAAACGUUCAGCUUUGACCAGAAGUUCACCCCGUACGCUGGUGAGAGGUUCGCACUGUGCUUCUUCAGAGAUGCCAAGGUGUUAUCCAGUCUGAGAAUGAUGGCAGCCUGGGAGCCUCUUAACAAACCUGUCGUGUCUGUUGAUGUGGAGGUGGUACCAUGCACAAAAAUCUCAAUGGACCUAUUUGACCCCAUCUACACUUGUGGCAUUGUGGGCACCUCAGGACGCAUCGCCGUAUGCUUCCACGAGGUCUACCCUGACUACGACAAACUGCGAGAGAUGCUGCAGGAUGAGGACUCAGAGCACUACUACGUGGUCGGAAGAGCCGAGCGAGGGGAGUUUCUGUUUCACCUCUUCAAGCAUCUCUGCCUCGGAGGAGAGCUGAAUCAAUAUGAAGACACCGUUGAGCCUUAUGUCAGCACCACCAAGAAAAUAUACAAAGAUCUCAUUAGUGUUCAAAAGGAUCCAGAAAGUAAAAAGAUCAGUGUUGUCUCAACGGUGCUCAAAGUCUACGUCUUUGAUGAAUCCGGUCGACGUUACCCUGGGACACAAGAGGAAGAGCAGACAUUUGCCUACAUGAUAGUGGACCCCUUCAAACGCCAUGUAACUCUACUCUGCCACUGUUUUGGUAUUGGAAACAUGUCCCUAUAAGAUCAUUAAGAGGCCUUCUGAAUUCAUGAAUUGCACAAUUAAAUUUUACAAUAUGUAAGGUAAAUGCUGUGCUCGCAGAAAUGGUCAUAAGGAUGAAUAUUUUUUUGGUCUAUUUUUCCCUUUUCUUUUUUCUUUUGCCCUUCUUCACAAUAGUGGAAGGAGUUUAUCCUGAUUUAGAAGGAUAAGACCUUCCCCUUUUCUUUUAAAGGGGAAGGCAUUCUAACUCCUGACAUAUGAUAUUGUUCUUAGUUGUUAAUGCAGUUAUAUUUUAUAGUAAUACAUAUAUAUUUCUAUGAAUAUUUAUAUAUUUAUAUUAGUAUAUAGCGACGAUAUAUUUCCCCUCAAAAUAACA